AUGGACAGGUUGCAUUCGUCCAUGCGUAAACGCCUCUACAGUUUGCCCCAGCACAUUGGACACAAACCGUCCAUCAUGGGCGAAGGAGAAGACGCGGACAAGGACACGCGAAGGAAGAGCAUCCGGAUGAAGCCCUUGCCGUCUCCCACCUCCGGGGGAAGCUGCAGAGGCUUGGGGGAGACCAAGAGCGGCGAGUCGCUCAUCAUGGAGACCGACAUCGGGAGACCAAUGAAGACCAGCUCCAACGGAGACUGCCGGAGGUUCCGGGGAAGCCUCUCGUCCAUCACCAGCCGCCAUGUGCACGACUCGGACUCGGCGGAGGAGAGGCGUCUCAUCACCGAGGGGGACGUCACCCCGAGCGAGGAGAGCCCCCCCAAAGCGAUCGGUGAGAGCGUCACGGAGCAAGGCGCGCAAGGGGCCGGCGGGGGUGACGCUUCCAGCGGUGGCGGCGGUGACGGCGCACCCCCGAGCGAGUCCCAAGCGGACAGCCAGUCCGGGUUCAUAAAGUUGGAUGGAAUUGAUCAGAUACUGCCUGACGACGAGCGCUUGUACCAGGCCGGGUUCAUGCACCGACAGUUCGGGGCCAUGCUCCAGCCGGGGGUCAACAAGUUCUCCCUGAGGAUGUUUGGAAGCGAGAAGGCAGUGGAGCGAGAACAGGAGCGGGUUAAAUCUGCCGGAUUUUGGAUUAUUCACCCUUACAGUGAUUUCAGGUUUUACUGGGACUUGACCAUGCUGCUAUUGAUGGUGGGCAACCUCAUCAUAAUUCCCGUAGGCAUCACCUUCUUCAAAGACGAGCACACACCUCCCUGGAUAGUUUUCAACGUGGUCUCCGACACCUUCUUCCUCUUGGAUCUCGUGCUCAACUUCCGGACAGGCAUCGUCAAGGAGGACAACACGGAGAUCAUUCUGGACCCGCAGCAAAUAAAGAUUAAGUACCUUCGCAGCUGGUUUGUGGUGGACUUUAUCUCCUCCAUCCCGGUGGACUAUAUCUUCCUCAUCGUGGAGACGCGCAUUGACUCCGACUUCUACAAGACGGCACGCGCCUUGCGGAUUGUCCGCUUUACCAAGAUUCUUAGCUUGCUUCGCCUCCUGCGCCUCUCGAGACUCAUUCGCUACAUCCACCAGUGGGAAGAGAUCUUCCACAUGACCUACGACUUGGCCAGCGCUAUGGUAAGAAUCGUCAACCUUAUCGGCAUGAUGCUGCUCCUUUGCCACUGGGAUGGCUGCCUGCAGUUCCUGGUGCCCAUGCUGCAGGACUUCCCCGCUGAUUGCUGGGUUUCCAAAAAUAAGAUGGUGAAUGACACGUGGGGACAGCAGUACUCCUAUGCGCUGUUUAAAGCCAUGAGCCACAUGCUGUGCAUCGGCUACGGCAUGUACCCACCGGUGGGCAUGACCGACGUAUGGCUGACCAUCCUCAGUAUGAUUGUGGGCGCCACGUGCUACGCCAUGUUCGUGGGCCACGCCACCGCUCUCAUACAGUCAUUGGACUCUUCGCGGCGGCAGUACCAGGAGAAGUACAAGCAAGUGGAGCAAUACAUGUCCUUCCAUAAGCUGCCAGCAGACAUGAGGCAAAGGAUCCACGACUAUUACGAGCACCGCUACCAGGGCAAGAUGUUCGACGAGGAGAGCAUCCUAGGGGAGCUGAACGAACCGCUCCGAGAGGAAAUCAUCAACUUUAACUGUCGGAAACUGGUGGCCUCCAUGCCACUGUUCGCCAAUGCUGACCCCAAUUUUGUUACCUCCAUGCUCACCAAGCUCAAAUUUGAGGUGUUCCAGCCUGGCGAUUACAUCAUCAGGGAGGGCACCAUCGGCAAGAAGAUGUACUUCAUCCAGCAUGGUGUGGUCAGUGUUCUAACCAAAGGCAGCAAAGAAACCAAGCUUUCCGAUGGCUCCUACUUUGGUGAAAUUUGUUUGCUGACUCGCGGCAGACGGACGGCCAGUGUGCGAGCCGACACAUACUGUCGUCUGUACUCUCUGUCGGUGGACAACUUCAACGAGGUGUUGGAGGAGUAUCCCAUGAUGCGAAGGGCGUUUGAGACAGUCGCCUUGGACAGACUGGACAGAAUUGGCAAGAAAAACUCCAUCCUGCAGCAUAAGGUGCAGCAUGACCUCAGCUCGGGUGUCCUCAACUACCAGGAGAAUGAAAUCAUCCAACAAAUUGUACAGCACGACAGGGACAUGGCCCACUGUGCCCACCUCCUGCAGAAUCCCCCUCCCCAGACGCCACCUUCGCCGACCCCUGUCAUCUGGGCUCCACUAAUCCAGGCACCUCUCCAGGCGGCAGCCGCCACCACCUCAGUUGCCAUCGCUCUCACACACCAUCCCCACCUGCCACCGACUCUCUUCAGACCUCCAGUAUCAGUCCUGGGGUCCCUGAAGGAUCCCCCUAGUCGGCAAAAGAAGUUUCACACUUUUGGUCCAUCAUCGCCAGUUCCUGGGUCUGCUGGGGAUUCUCCUGCCAGCACUCCUUCAAAACGACGCACAGGAGUGGACAUGUCCUUACUGGCCUCUUUUCAGGCACAGCACGUAACAUCAGGUUUAGGGGCAUCUAGCUCUAGUCAACAGGGUUCAGGUAGCGAAGGUCUAAGUGGACCGAAUGAGAAAAAGUCAGGGUUUAGUGCGAGCAGGUCCUCGGCACUUCAUCGCAGACCGUACUCAUCGUCUGGUUCGCCCUCAUCGAGUCUGGCCCAGCUCCACCCACAACCACAGCAUCAGCAGCCUUUUCGCUCCACCACCCCGCCUUUGUCCAACUUUUUCCAUCAAGCAGCGACAACUGGAAGCACCGGGUCGGGCCUAAGUGGAAGCGUAGUCGGCGCCUGCGGCGGUGCAACAGAUUGGCCUUCGGGUGGAGCAGUCGGCGGGUCUUUUGAGGGGGCAAGUGGAGGUGAUGGCGGGUCUUUGGGAGGAGUCUUGCUUGCAUCAACCGGAAAGGGUUCAGGAGAAUUACUCAUAGGGAUGAACACUGGUGGAUCCUUAGGGAGGGCCUCUGGAGGACCUCUGGGAAGGGCUUUCAGUGCAGAUGUAGCUAGUUUUAUCGGGGUAUGUUCAAGUGCACCAGGCGGAGGGGGUGGAGCAGCACAAAAAGGUAGGUCAACAGAGGACGCAGUAGGAGGGCAUGCUCUGAGUGGCCCUUCAGGGGGGGCAUCUGGUGGCGCUAUAGAAGGACUUGGUUCUUCUUCACGUUGUCAGAGCCCAAUAUCUACUGGCUCUUCCAGCCCCAUGCCAGGACAACUUAUCUCCUGUCAGCCAACCCCCAAAACUCCUCAAGUGACUCCCUUGCAACAGUUUGCUGGAGGAGGAAGGACUACAAGUGGCUUGAACCUCUUUCACUCACCUCCACACGGCUCUCCAUCUUCAAGCAAAGGGCAUAAUGGCCAACAACCCACUGAGGGUUCUCCGUCAUCACUUGGGCACUUUAGCCUGGCAGGCCUCCAGUCUGGGUUCCUUCCUCACCAGAUCUCAUUAGAGAGGUCUGCCUUGGCUUCUCUGGCCCAGUAUGGUUCAGCAAACGCCUCUCCAUGCCUUACUCCGGUGGCGCCAAGCCCAACUAUUCAAAGCCCUGUGACGAGCAGGACUUUCCACUUUAGCGAUCUGUCUAGUGCCACAGGAUCCCAUAGUUCUCUGUUCAUGCCUCAAUCCUCUCUUCCUGUGCAUCCUCCGGUACAGACACACACUGCAGGAAGAGAUCAUCAGCCGGGUCGCUUUUCUGAGGAUCUAAAGCUGCUAUCCAGCUCACACCCAUCCCUUCCCCAGGAGGUGGCCCAGGCCUUAGGCCACCAAACUGUUAGCUCCGCUGUAGAAACGGGUUAUUACCCUUCACCCUUCUCCUCGCCCACUCUAAAACCCAAACCCUGCAGCUCAGUUCCUGGUCAUAUGACUCCUCCGGUCCAGCUUUCUCCAAGCCACUCCCAUCAGACACACUCCUCCGGAGCCUCACCGUCCCAAUCGCUUCGGAGGGGGUCUUCUACCUACUCAUCGGAUCUAGAAACUCAAACUGUACGUUCAAAGCUUCCUUCCAAUUUGUGA